AUGGAGGCGUGGGGCUUUAUUUUUCAGCUCUCUUUUCUAGCCCUUAGUAUGAAGGGAAUUAAUGCCGAGAAACCUGCUUGCAACAGCGAGAUAUUCUGCCGCGGCGAUCUUCUUCACACCGUUCAAAUGGCUCGUAUUUUUAACGACUCCAAGACGUUUGUUGAUAUGAGACUCCAGAGUGACGAAGCGGACGUUUUGCAGGCAUUCAAGGCUCUUAGACCAUCGGCUAACAUAUCGAAAGAACAAGUGAUCAAGUUUGUGAAUGAAAAUUUUCAUCUAGUAGGACAUGAUUUGCAACAUUGGACUCCACUCGACUGGCGAGAAAAUCCCGCUUUUAUUGAUCACAUAAAGGACAAGAACUUGAAGACCUUUGCAUCGAAGCUCAACGAGUUAUGGAAGAAGCUGGGAAGAAAGAUAACUGACGAAGCGCGAAUGAACCCCGCGCGAUCUUCUUUGAUUUUAGUGGCAAAUCCAUUUGUUGUUCCUGGUGGUAGAUUUCGAGAAUAUUAUUACUGGGACUCGUACUGGGUUGUAAAUGGUUUACUCGUUUGCGGCAUGAAAGACACUGUCAAAGGAAUGAUUGACAACUUCAUUCAGCUGGUUAACACCUUCGGGUUUGUUCCAAAUGGGGGUCGCAUUUACUACACAAAUCGAAGCCAGCCUCCAUUUCUAAUCCCAAUUGUGGGCCUUUACCUCAACAAAACUGGCGAUGUAGAUUAUGUGAAGUCCAUUUUGAAUGCCCUGGAGAAAGAAUACACAUUUUGGAGGAAAAAUCGCACUGUUGAAGUUGAAUUAUCUUCUGGAAAAUACAAGCUGUCCAUCUACGCUGCAAACAUGAAUACCCCAAGACCGGAGUCUUAUUAUGAAGAUAUUCACACUGCUCAAGAAGUACCUGAAGACGCCAGAUCAACUCUGUUCCAAGACAUAGCAUCCGCUGCCGAGAGUGGCUGGGAUUUCUCGACCCGAUGGUUUAACCAUACUGAUUACAAGAGGGGGUCCCUCAGUAGUACCCGGACAAGGCAGAUCAUACCCACAGAUUUGAACAGUAUUCUCUAUGCUUGCGAGAAUCUACUGGAAAAGUUCUUUCGUAUGACCGGAAACACUGCUAAAGCAGAUGAGUAUAAAAGCUUCUCAGAGGCCCGUGCAGUUGCUAUAGAAGCUGUAUUAUGGGACGAAAAGGGACUAUGGCUUGACUACGAUCGGCAAUUGAAGAAAAGAAGGGGUGAUUUUUAUGCGUCAAGCGUGGUUCCACUCUGGGCUGGGGUUAUUCGGGGCAACAUUACAAGAGAGAUGAUAGUUCUGAGGACGCUCAAGAGACUUAAAGUCCUCGAUUACCCUGGGGGUCUCCCCACCUCGUUGUUCUCAUCAGGUCAGCAAUGGGAUUUUCCAAAUGCAUGGCCACCCUUGCAACAUAUGCUUAUUGUAGGUCUUGCAGAAUCAAACGGCGAAGGGAUGAAACAGGAAGCCUUGAAUUUCGCUCAGAAGUGGAUCACUACCAACUACAAGGCGUGGCGUGCUACCAGUCAUAUGUUUGAGAAAUUCAACGUGAGCGUUCAAGGUACCCCAGGGGGUGGGGGUGAGUAUGAUAUUCAAAUCGGGUUUGGUUGGACCAAUGGAGUCAUUCUAGACCUGCUACAACGAUACCCAGACGAGUUGGUCAGCGGACAAGCGCACACGGCACUUGUUAGAAAUCCACCACCAAAAGCCAGCGGAUAUCUGGUAGCGGCAACCAACACCUUUCUUAUUUGCAGUAUUGUUUUGAUAGUAUUUGGAAUCUAG